AACAUUUUAUCAAUGAUGCAAAAACUUUGGCAACCUUCACACAAACAACAAUAUGGUAAAGAGAGUUCUGCGGUAGGAACUGAUGGAAACAAUGGAAAUUACAGCCCUUCAACUCCUACCAGUCCUACACCCAUUCCAGCUUCUGGUCUUCUUGUCAUCCGUGUUGUUGAAGCAAGAGGACUCACUUUACCCCCAGGCAUAAGACCCCCACAAAUUCCUCCACACUUUGUACCAUCAGCUCCAACGUCUACGCGGGGUAACAGAGAUAGCAUGCAGAGAAAACAAUGCUGGUGGCUUCCUUAUGUAGUUCUAGAAUUUGAUAAAAAUGAAGUACUGAUCGAUGCCCUAGGUGGUGAAGUGCAACAUCCUAUCUGGCAAUACAAAGCGCAUUUUGAUGUUUCGCGAGAAUCCGACGUAUCAAUACAAAUAUAUCUCCGAAAAUCCACCCAAACCGGCCAACACACUAAUGACAUGGGCAACGAUGUGUUUUUGGGUGGUGUAAAGAUGAUACCAAGCUUUAAUGAACCAAAUAAAUUGCACGAACAAUGGUACAAAUUGCAAGGUGGUUCAGGCGAUGUUUAUGUACACGCCUGUUAUAAAAAGGAUCAUACAAAUGUGCCCUUGACAAUUGACGCAUUCGAUUUAUUGAAAGUCAUCGAAAUUAUAUCUCGAGAUAACGUCUUAGAAAAAUAUGGGUUGGUCAUGCAAGUCCGAAAACGAGAUACUUCUCGGAUCUACGCGUUAAAAACUAUACGCAAAGCCCAUAUCGUAUCUCGAUCUGAGGUGAAUCAUACUCUUGCGGAGCAGAAAUUGUAUUUGGUGUUGGCUUUCGUGAAUGGUGGUGAAUUAUUCCAUCACUUGCAACGGGAAGGCCGGUUUGACGAAGGGAGGUCUAGAUUUUAUGCUGCAGAAUUGCUUUGCGCAUUGGAAUGCUUACAUGACUUCAACGUGGUUUAUCGGGAUCUAAAACCCGAAAACAUUCUUUUAGAUUAUUCAGGCCAUAUCGCUCUAUGCGAUUUUGGUCUUUGUAAACUGAACAUGACAGAAUCUGAAACUACAAAUACCUUUUGCGGGACACCCGAGUAUCUCUCUCCAGAACUUUUGUUGGGCCAGGGUUAUACCAAAACAAUAGAUUGGUGGACUUUGGGAGUUUUAUUGUUUGAGAUGUUAACGGGUCUACCACCUUUUUAUGAUGAGAAUACCAAUGAAAUGUAUCGAAAGAUUCUACAGGAUGAAUUAAGAUUUCCUGAUGAAGUUAGCAGCGAGGCUCGAAGUUUAUUGACGGGGCUAUUGACCAGAGAUCCUAACCACCGCCUUGGUAAUAAUGGUGCCCAAGAAAUUAAAGAACAUCAAUUCUUUUCUGCUAUAGAUUGGAAACAAUUGAUUCUAAAAAAAGUUCAACCACCUUUCAAGCCCAGUGUUGAAUCGGCUAUUGAUACUUCGAAUUUUGAUGAAGAAUUCACUUCAGAGACUCCUCAAGACUCGGUAGUCAACGAUUCACAUCUUUCUGAGACCAUACAACGACAAUUCGACGGGUUUACAUUCAAUCCCCAUGAAGGAGUAAUGAGCGGAAGUAUGGCAAACUCGGUGGAAUAA